GAUACUCUAUUUAGAGACAAGCCAGGCCUCUUGUGACAGCUUUCCCAGUCAGAGAACAUGAGGCUUAACAGGUAGGGUGUCACUUGUGAGGCUACCACCCACCUGAGACAGCCUGGCUGGUGGGCUCUGCUCCUGGAUUUGCCUGGGUAGCCACGGGUUCUGCCAGAAGGGAGCAAGGCCCCCCAGGCUCACGAUGAGGUUCUGGAGGAGGAGCUGCUCCAAGGUGCUCUGUGCUGUGCUCAUUCUGGUAACAGCCAACAUUCUGUUGGUGUUUUACACCAACGGGACCAUACACCGCUUGAUUGUGGACGGCUUCCACAAGGAGGGGGCUGCGGUGGUCCAGAGACCCUUGUACCUGGAGAAGGAUGUGCACCAUUCAAGAAAAAGUCUGAAACUGAUUUUGAAGCAACAAGGUCACGUGGGAUGGGGAGCCGCUGAAUUCCACCCUGGUCGGAAGGCACUGAAAGUCAGGUUGGCGUCCAAGAGGUUCUCCCUGCCCUCCAUCUUCCAGCAAUGGGGGAAGGGACUCUCGGAGGCUCAGCAGAAAGAGGCCCGGUACUUGUUCCUGGAGUUCGGCUACAAUGCGUUCCUCAGCAACCGGCUGCCUUUUAACCGAAGCAUCCCUGACACCCGCCAUUCCAGGUGUCUUCAGAAGACAUACCCUGCCCAGCUCCCAUCCAUCAGCGUCAUCCUCAUAUUCAUGAAUGAAGCUCUGUCUGUCAUCCAGAGGGCUAUCACCAGCAUCAUCAACCGGACCCCUCCUCAGCUGCUGAAGGAGAUCAUCCUGGUAGAUGACUUUAGCUCCCACGGAGAACUGAAGGCACGACUGGAUGAGAUGAUUAAGCUUUACAACCGGAAUUACCCACUCCUACUGAAACUCAUACGGCACACGAAGAGACGAGGUCUCGCGCAAGCCCGCAACAUUGGUCUGGAAGCUACUACCGCGGAUGUGGUUGCCAUCUUGGAUGCUCACAUUGAAGUGAACAUUGGAUGGGCUGAGCCCAUUUUGUCUCGGAUUCAGGAAGACCACACUGUGGUUGUGUCUCCUGUGUUUGACAAUAUUAAUUUCAAUACAUUUGAGCUGGAAAAGUAUGAACUGGCAGCAGAUGGAUUUGGCUGGAAGCUGUGGUGCCAGUAUGAUCCCAUACCACAAGCCUGGAUUGACGUGGGUGUUGUCACUGCUCCAAUGACGAGUCCGUCCAUCAUGGGCAUCAUGGCUGCCAACAGGAUCUUCUUGGUGGAGAUCGGGGCUCUGGAUGGCGGGAUGCUGGGCUAUGGAGGAGAGAAUGUGGAGCUUAGCCUGAGGGUAUGGCAGUGUGGAGGGAAGAUCGAGAUCUUACCUUGCUCCCGGGUCGCUCACCUGGAGCGAUCCCACAAGCCCUACGCCAUGGACCCAGUGUAACAUGACGGGGCCACGAUUCCCUUGCGGCAGAACGCUCUGCGAGUGGCUGAAACCUGGAUGGACAAACACAAAUACAUGGUCUACUUGGCCUGGAACCUUCCUCUCGAGAACUCUGGAAUUGACUAUGGAGACAUUUCUUCCAGAAAGGCACUCCGGGAGAAACUGAAGUGCAAAACCUUUGACUGGUACCUGAAAACUAUCUACCCACUCCUGACGCCAAUGCCCAACAUCGUCUGCUAUGGAAGGAUGAAAAAUUCAUUGGAUGACAGCAUUUGCCUGAACCGAGGACCUGUUCCAGGCAACUCCCUCCAAAUGGAACCAUGCCGUGAGUCCAGUGCACAGAACGUGUACUACCUCCUUUCUGGGGAAUUCUAUGUGGGGGAACUCAUUGCAAAAGAAGACGUCCAUGAACAGUACUGCCUGGUGGACUCUGGCCGCGGGGAGGAGCCCACAUUGGAGCUGUGUUUGGAGGCAGCGAACAGAGGACAGCACAUCUAUUGGGAUUUCCAGCAGGGAAAACCCGUCAGAAACAGGAAUACCGCACGGUGUCUGGAGAUCAAGAAGGACCCCUCAGGUCCCUACAGGCUUGCGUUAGUGAAUUGUACCCAACAAAUAUGGAAAAUACAACAUAUAGGCAGAAACUCGGGUCACUAAUAGCCUGUGAGCCCCAGAGAUGUGGAUUUGGGGACCCUGUUCCUAAGGUUGGAACAGUGUCUAGCCACAGUGCUUUUUCAUACUGGGGAAGGAUGAGAGAUAGAUGUGUUUGUCUGCUGUGACUUCAGCAUGCCGUUCACAGAGGUGAGGCUUGAGCACACGUGGGAGUGUCUGCUGGGGAGAGCGAGGGAAACUCGGAAGCCUAGUCCCCAGCUCGCCUUGAGAGAUCGUGAUAUGCAUCGAGCGCCAUUCUGGGAAACAUCUCAAAAUAGCCAGCAUCGUCUGCCUGCGCUGUGGAGCCAGUGAGAGGGAUGAAAGUUGAUCUGUGGUUCCCACCAAUGCUGUUUAGCCUCCAUUCCCGACAGCUACUACCACUGCCUGGCCCCCACCUCCUCCCUGGUCAUCUGCUCCCCUCCCCAGACUGUGCUGGGUUGGGCCACAUGAGCAGCUGGAUCCUCUUCAUUUCAGAAACCUGACAGCUACCCAGGUGGCCUCAAUUUCCUCCCGGUCUGGACUGUUCCAAAAGAGGCAGCAGACACACAAGUGACUUUUUCUAAUUCCUCUACCACAUCUUCAGUGUAGGUGCCUCUGGACAGCCAGUCUCUUCCACUGUGGCAUGAUCACACAGGCGGCAGAAAGCAGAGGAUCCUGUGUGUGUGUGUGUGCUGUAGGCUCCUGGGGUCUCCUACAGAGUGGCCGAAAGACACAUCAGCCUCAGCUGCAUGGAAAGGCAUUUGGCUCCAUUCCAGUGGAGAGCCGACUUAAGGUACACGAAGGUAACUUUCCACUUGGGUUGGCAAAUGACAAAUAGUACAUACACACAGCACGUUGUGUGGGCUGGGAUGUGGGAAACAGGUCAUCUCACACAUCCGUGACAGGGUUUCAAACUGGUGCCAGCUUCCUGGUGGGCUAAUUGGCAAGCCCUAAAAAUAGGAUAUGUGCAUUUUCUUUUUGCGCCAAGAGUUCCACCUCUAGAAAUUUACCUCCAAAGUUAUGAAAACGGGCUGCCAAGACAACGCAGAGGGUAAAGACGUUUGCUGCCAAGCACUACAACCUGAGUUUGUUCCCAGGAAGCUGCACAGUGAGAGGAGCAAACUGGUUCUGGAAAGCUGUACUCUGACCAUCCACACGUGUGUACACACAGCAAUACACUGAUACAGCGGACAUGCAUGAGAUACAAAAACAAAUGCAAAGGAAAAAGAGUGAGAAAGUAUUCAUGUGCAGAGCAAUUCCUUGCUGCAUCGCAUCUAAGUGGAAAAUGCUGGAGGUGAACGACAUGCUGAGCAUCUGAGCCGUCAGAGACAUCAACCCCGCAGACUGGCUGUGCAGCUGUGGAAACCGGUAACAUCUGCGGCUGAUGUGGAGGGAGGAGCAGAAGAAGAAGAGGAGGAAGAAGAGGAAGAAGAGGAGGAGAAGAAGGAGGAGGAAGAGGAUGAAGAAGAGGAAGAAGAGGAAGAAGAAGAGGAGUGCCUUGCAGAUACCUUUUGGUUAAAUGGGGGACUUGUAAUGUUCACUUCUACACAAGAAAAACAAAACAAAACAAAAAAGCCUAAAGAUGGAUGUGGAGGCUCCUAAUUAUGAUCCCAGCACCUGAAAGGGUGAGGCAGGUGGAUUGGGAGUUUGAAGGCAGUUUGAGCUAUGCAACAAGAUCCUGUAUAGAAAAGAACAGGGAGAAAAAAACACAAAAGGACUCAAGGAGAAGCUAAUGAAAUAUGGUGGUGGCUGGCAAUGUGGUGGGAAGGACUGGGGCUAGAAACAGAAUAGGAGGAUUGUGGGAAUGUGUGUCCCGGGCAACACUCCGCUAAAUACAUGUUUAUGUAGCUUUGACAUUUAGAAUAAUGCUUCAAAAUCAAAUUUUCAAAAUUAAAUUACAUAAAAUCAGAGACGAAAACCACAAAUGGAUUGUAAACAAAAAAUGAAUCUCAUAUAUUUUCUAUUUGUAUUGUUUGCUUAACUUGCAUGUGUGUGUGUGUGUGUGUGUGUGUGUGUGUGUGUGCGUGUGUGCAUGCAUGCUUGAGCAUGUUGUUUGUUCUAAGACAAAGGCUCAUGUGGUCUAGGCUAGCCUUAAACUGGUUAUAGAAUCAAGGUUGGCCUUGAACUCCUGAUCUUCUUGCUUGAACCUCUCAAGUAUUAGAACUGCAGCUGUGGACCACGACACCCAGUUUAGAUCUAAUUUCUAAAUAUUUUUCCAAUAAAAGGAAUUAGGAAAUUAGGGUUCCUUAGGAGAUGUCACCAACUCUUGGCUAGUGUUAGGAAUAUUCCUGUGUUAAAAGUAAAAAAUAAAUGCUCAAAGAAGGAUGAAGUGAAGGCGGAGAGAUCGGACACUUAUAAAAACUUCCCACAGAUGAACUGCCGCAAAUCAUGCAGCCAGAGUGAAGGAGUCUCCACUGGUAAUGUUAGGGACUGUGUGAACAUUGGAGUCAAUCAGACAUCAAUUUAACAAUAGAUGAUACCACAGAAUAAACUAAAAACCCACAAGUCAUUUCAAAUGAAUGCAUGAAUGAGAAAUGAGUGCCCCUUUCACAGUCGAAGGCCAGCUAAUUAAUAUUGAAAUGAUCGUGAAUUAGAAAGUUACCAUCUGGCACCCGUGGUAGCUGGAAUUGUCUCAGGCAAGAAUCAUCAUCAAUGGACAAAAACUAGUGAGCGCUGAGACAGGAUACACACAUGGUGGUAGAGAGACUGCUUAGAAGAUGUGUACUAACUCCAGAGAGAAAGCUGAGAAACCUGGCAGGCCUUAACUCGGUAGCCAGCCUCAACAUCAGCGGUUGCUGGGCAGCUGCAUAUCAUAUGCCUCCCAGCAGCAGGAACCCAGAACCCAGAGCCUCAAGAAUCUUGAGAAAGCUUAUUAAACCACAAAUGAGGGAUGUUACCCAAGAAGUCUGCUCUGAUCAGGGGGUGCACGUUUGUAACCCCACACUCAAGAGGCUAAAGUAGGAGGAUUGUCGGUUGGUGCUGCAUGUUGGCGUAACAUAGUAAGACCCUGUCCCAAAACAAAACAAGACGGCUAUAACAAAGCAAGAUACAUGCUUCAAAAUGCCAAAAAACCCACAAAAGAUUAGGGAGCCUUCAUAUUAACAUAGACUAAAGACACGAUGAUGCAUCUAGUGGUCCUAUACAAGACCCUAGACUGGGGGUGGGAUACUCUCUCUCUGCCCUGAGCAGCAGUGGGUGACUGGUGGUGUUUGAAUGGGCUUUGUUGCUUAGAUGGUAGUGCUGUGUCUACACUCUUUUCCUGGUCUGAAUGAGGUCCUUUUCUAUCAAAGUGUCCUUGAUUUUAUGAACUAUCCACUGGCUGUAUUGAUGGGGCAUCAUCUCUGAGAUUUUUGUGUGUGUGGAUAAAUGAUAGCUCAACUGGUAGGUUGCUGGAGCCAAGGGUGACAAGGAAGCAAAGGUGGUGACACAUGGUCACAUCUGUGGAUGGAUGGCGAAGGACAUGCAAGGAUUCUUUGUGCUCCACUUGUGACUUUCUUUUAAGGCUGAAAUGGUUUCAAAAUAAAAAGAUUUUAAAAAAUUCCA